AAUAAAGAGCAUGUUAUUGGAACCCAAGAAACAGAUGGUUUGAAAUCAUGAAAAACAUAGUGGUCCAACAAAGCACUAUCAUAUACAUGUGUGAGAGCUCGGAAACAUUUUCUAAAUCAGGUGACUCGAGAAGGCCAAUGCUCUGUCACAGUGGAAUCAAGACUUAUGAGUGUGCUGAAUAUCAAAAAACAUUCACACUGUCAGAUAAUCUUCAGACACACAUGAAGAUUCCUAGUGGAAUCAAGCCUCAUAAGUGCAUUGUGUGUGAGAAAACAUUUACACAAUCAUAUGACCUUCAGACACACAUGAACAUUCACGGAGGAAUCAAGCAUCAUGAAUGUGUUAAAUGUGGGAAAAAAUAUACCUACUCAAGUAAUCUUCAGAAACACAUGAAAAUUCACAAUGGGAUCAAACCUCAUCAGUGCAUUGUGUGUGAGAAAAGAUUUACACAAUCGUGGUACCUUCAGACACACAUGAGGAUUCACACUGGAAUCAAGCCUCACGGAUGUGCUGAAUGUGGGAAAAGAUUUACACAUUCCACUAGUCUGAAGGUACACAUGAGGAUUCACAGUGGGAUCAAACCUUAUCAGUGCAUUGUGUGUGGGAAAACAUUUACAGUAUCGAGUAGCCUGCACAAACACAUGAAUAUUCACAGUGGGAUCAAGCCUUAUGAAUGUGUUGAAUGUGGGAAAAAAUUUCCACUUUCCUAUAGUCUGCAGGUACACAUGAGGAUUCACAGUGGGAUCAAACCUUAUCAGUGCAUUGUGUGUGGGAAAACAUUUACAAUAUCGGGUAGCCUGCAGAAACACAUGAGGAUUCACAGUGGAAUCAAGCCUUAUGAAUCGUCACUUCGAGGGAAGGGAACUCACAUUCGCGAGUACCAAGUGUCAGGGCUGUGGCCUCAAGAGGAGCAGUCCCUGCAUGUCAAUGAACUCUGGGAGCAGGAGCUGCGAUCGACCAGUCUGCUCAUCCAGUCCGACAACUCAACCGCCGUUUAG